AUGUUCGGGUACGACCUCACCCCCGGAAUGGUCUCAUCCAUCAUCGCCGCCGGGAUCCUCAUCAUCCAAUGGACCCUCCCCCUCUUCAUCGGCAUCGUCCUCGCCGGCCUAAUCCAAAACGCCUCCACGGCCAACACCUGGUCCGUCAUCACAACCCUCCUCCACAACUCCAACCUCCACACCCUCCUCUUCUCCGACAGCGCCUCCACAACCCACAUUGCGCGCCCCGUCCUCUUCCUCUCCUACCUCGCCCUGCUCUCUCUCGGCCUCACAGCCCUCUCGGGGGUCCUCACCCCCCUCGGCAUCCGCGAAGACGUCAAGGGCCGCGACGUCGCCAGCCUGCGCUUCGAGCUCGCGCUCGACAACGGCUCCUUCUUCCUCGGCACGGCCGAGCGCAAGUUCUACGCGCUGACGCGCGUGUGCGGGGUUGGCGAGGAGGCGUGUCCCGGGCAGGAGGGCCAGACGGUCGAGGAGGAGGAGGGACGGUUUGAGGUGGCGCCGUGGAAGCCGGUGAGUACGGUGGUGGAGGAGAGCGCGGUGUGGGUGGAGACGCCGACGGGGAGUGCGACGAGUAGUUGGGGCGCCUGGACGGAGAGUACGAGCACGACGGCGACGAGUGGGGCCGUGAGUGAUAGUGCCAGUGGGACGGCGGUGACGAGGACGGGGACGAAGAGCUCAGAGACGGCGUCGGGGACGAGGAGUGGUACGGAGACGGGGACGGGGACGGGUAGUGAGACGGCGACGCCGACAAAGACGGGGACUGACACGGGCACUACGACGCCGUCGAAAGACACCGGCACCAGUAAUCGUCCCACACAAACCGGCUCCACGCCGCCGAAAGACACUGGCUCCACACCGCCAAAAGACACUGGCUCCGCAACACCGCCGACAAACACAGGCUCCACGCCCACCGACACCGGGAGCGCAACUCCUCCAGUGGUGACCCCACCGUCCAACACCCGCAGCACGCCCUCAGACACUCCACCGGCUACCUCAAGCUCAAAGGACAACACCAACGUCAUCCCCACGAACGUCGACAGCCCCGUGCAGCUCCCCGGCAGCGUCACCGCCCGCUCCGACACCAACACUGCGCCCGCGCAGGUCCAGCAGCCAGUAGACACCCCCACCGCCGCCGGCGCCGCAGCCUCUGCCGCCUCCGCAUCAUCCGCCUACCUCGCGCUUCACCGGCGCUCCGACCCCACUCCCGAGGCCAAAGCACCCACGCCGCCGCCCUCCCGGCGCCGGCUGCGCAAGCGCGCGUCCUCCAAAAAGUACCGCAUCGGCUCCUCCGUCCCCGCGCCGCUGACAGCGCUCUUCACGAAGGCGUCGUACUACGGCGCGAGCGUGGCCAGCGUCUUUGAUAUCCAGUUCCGCAACUACAUCAUCCUGAACCUGCCGCAGCACCAGCUGGCCAACGGGCUAAAGUACACGAUUGGGCAGUUCCGGUUCUUGGAGACGCUGAUUCUGAGUCGCGGGUUCAAGCUGAUUGAUGGGCUGGUUGUGGAUACGAAGGAUGGCGGUGUGGGGUUUCGGAAGCAUGCGGUGCCGGAUCGGGAGAAGAAGAAGUAUGGCGCGAGCUGGGGGGAGUUGUUGUUGUGGGUUGCGCCGGAGACGGUGUGUGUGGCGAAUAAUGUGAGCUUGCAGGUGACGACGGAUGAUGAUGGCGGUGCGGCGAGCGUGCUGGUUGAUACGGGUGGGUUUAGGGGAUUGGUGGGUGUGGGUGAGCCGGAUGUGUUGGUGGACGUGGCGGGGGUGCCAGACCUGGCGGGGAGGGCGUGGAGGGGCGCGUAUUAUUUCAAUCGGGAUGUGGCGGGCGCGGUGGGGGCGAGUGGUGGGGCGGUGGCGGCGGCGGCGGAGAAUACGACGUUUGAGAUUGAGGGGGAGAGUGUGUGGAUCUCGAGGCUGCAGGAGGUGAGUGAUAGCCUGGGGGAUAGCCAGUUUGUGGUGCAUCGGGUGCCGCUGGGGGCGAAGAUUGUGGAUGGGGUGCAGAAUGGGACGAGUAUUGACACCCACUGCGCCGGCCUCACGCCCACCACGCCCUCCGGCGCCCCCCUCGUCACCUGCGGCCUCAUCAUCGGCGCCCCGCGCCGCACAGACACCGAGUCCUCCACACUAGCCGGCACCUACCGCUACCCCCUCUACACCUGCGCCACCGCCAUUCAAGCCACCCUCCGCACCACCACCUUCACCUCCAACGGCACCACCCGUGACCUCGCCUCCCUCACAAUCCACAACACCACCCUCCCCACCUCCGCGCCCCUCUGGGGCCUCGAAUCCCACCCCGCCCUCACCGCCGCACAGAUCAGCCCCCUCUGGGGCCCCCUGCACCCCUCCGACGAGCACGCCGACGGCAUCAUCGCGCGCCGCGCCCACGCCCUGUAUCUUCCCGCCGGCCAGGGCGGCGCCGGGAUUGCGGAUUCCCUCGCGGGGACGGGCGCGUACCAGUAUGCGGCGGGACUGAUGUAUGAGACGAGCGCGCUGACGCCGGACUAUAGCGGGAAGACGAACUAUGCGCUGUAUCGCCAGUGGGAGCGCGUCACCGCGGACGCAGGGAGCGUGGCGCAGCUGCCGGGGCUGGUGUGGACGGAUGUGUUUGCGAAUCUUGUGACGAGUGUUGCGGCGGGGGGACGCGGGGUCGGGGUGGUGACGGUGUAUGAUCGGGUGUUGUGGUAUGAUGUGCGGUAUGCUGUCCCUGUUGGGGUGCUGGUGGUGCUGUGGGGGGGUAUGUGGGGGGUGGCGCUCGCGUUCUGGGUGGGGAGGAGGGUGAGGGUGAAGGAGUUGCGGCAGCUGCUGAAUCAGGUGAGUACGGGACGGGUGGUGGUGAAUAUGUUGGAGGGGAGCAAGGAGGGCGCGUUGGCCGCGAGUAGGUGGGCGAAGGGGAGGGGGAGGACGGUGGUGGGGUUGGAGUGUAGAGGCGCGGAGGGGGUUGAGGGGUGGGAGAGGGAGGGGGAUGAGAUGGUGGGGGGGAUGGUGGUGGGAUUUGUGGAGGCGCCGGUGGAGGGGAGGGUAUUGGAGUUGUUGAAGAGGGAGAGGUCGUGA